CUGCUGAUGAGAGCUGCGCUGAGUCUGCUUCCUGUGCUUCCUGUGCUUCACUGCGGUUCUUUGAGCAAAAAGGGAACUCGCUUUUGGUUGUUUUCAAAAAAGUUUUUAACCGAUGAAAGUAGAUUGGUGUGAAUGGAGCUGAAUUCCGUAAAGUUUCCUCCAAAGAAAUGGAUAAACAGGAUCCAGUCAAAGAUGGCACCAAUGUGACUCCGAACCUGUUCGUCUUGAGUCCCCUGAAAGGCGAAAAAGUGAACACAGACGAUCUUGGUCCAGAUGUCUGUCUGGUGACAGGUUUCCGUCCAAAGGAGGGAAACAUCACCAUUAAUAUGAAAGAUGGUCCGGUCACCGUGAGCCCCACUAGUGUCGUUCUGUCAAAGGACAACACCUACACCACUGCUGAAUUCAGAAACGAAACCAUCUACUCCUGUGAGAUGAACGGGGCGAUCGGCAACAACGAAGCUGAUGAUGUAUGUAGGAACAUUCAUCCAGAAAAAGCCAAGCUGAACUUCUACCUGCUGCUGAUGAACGGAGUCCGAGUGGUGUUCACCAAAGCUCUGGCCUUCAGCACCGUCCUCACCAUCAGAGGCCUGCUCUUCUGAAAACAAUCAAAUGGAUAAGAAGCAUGGAGAUAAAGAGAUUUAAAGUUAAGAAUGAGAUAUGUUCAUGUAAUUUUAUCUUUUUAUUUAGGAAGGUUUUGCCUCAAAUUAUGUUUUAUGGAGCUUGUUGCAUCCAUGCUGAAAACUGCAUAAAAAAAAUCAAAACACUUGAUUUAUCUGUCACAAUGAGAGGAAGAUUAUCAAACAGAUGCGGGCCAACAUGCAAAAUGUAUCAGACACCAAAAAUAAACAGAAUUUAUUAGUUUGAAAAGUACUGAAUUAUUAAACACUGAAAGCACUGAAGAGACUUCAAUCAUUCAAUUUUAAAUAUGUAUAUUGUGUAAUAGUCAUGUAUGAGAAUUUUGAAGGUUUUUCUGCAGAUAUUUUUGAAUAGAAACAUUUCCUCAGAGCUUCUUCGAUGUUAAUGUUUUUUUUUUUCUUUCUGCUUUAAGGCCAGAAAGAUUAGUCUGUCUUAAGUUAUCCUGCUACUUUUUUUCAUUAAAUAUUUUUGCUGUG